CUGAGCUAACCGGCCAUACAGGGCAGGGACAAUGACGUGGAAAAAUCCGUGGACAAAACCUACUGAACAGAAAGUAAAACUUCUCGAGUUGACAGAGAAAACGACUGCUCGUUGACGUCACCUUUUAAAACCGGGAUGUCACUGAAGUUCUCUGGCUGGGAGGUGGUCGACGACGGCGCAUCUUCUCCCGGCGUGGAGCUGGAGGAGUCCCAGAAACCGCGAAACCGGGGCGUCUACACCAUGUUCCACGGGACCAGCACCGCCAGUGCGCGGCUCAUCCUCGCGAACGGUUUCAACCAGUCAUCGGGCGGCAUGCUGGGAAAGGGUGUGUACGUCAGCCGUGAUAAGAAAAAGGCCUCUCACUAUCCGCUCAACAGUCCCGUCGCGGACCGCGUGGUCUUUGAGGUACGUGUGCGCGUCGGCCGCGUCAAGCGUAUUGACCAGGACAACCACCCCAUGCAGUACACCUGGCACACGCAUGGCUACGACACCGCCUGGGUGCCCCCCAGGUGUGGCCUCAAAGCCGUGCGCAGCGGCCUGGAGGAGGACUGUGUGUUCGACCCCAAACGAGUGCAGGUGGUGGGUAUCGCGAAGGCACCGAACGCCACCGUGCAGAAGGCGCUUCAAGAGGUUCUUUCGAAAACAUCUCGAAAAGCGGGACAAGGAGGCGACGGUGCCGCCCACGCGUGUCCACUGUGUAAGAGGACGACCCAGCAGGGCGCUCCACACAUCACGCAACAGUGCUGGGAGUGUGGGAAAAACAUCUGCAUUCUCAUGUCCAAGCAUGUAUGUCCAGCCAAGGUGAGGGAAGAUGAUGUAGAUUACCUGAUGAGAUUGUUUGAUUCCCGCUGUCACUUAGCCCCUCACCCAAACACGAUGUCGCUGCCGUUCUUCGGCUGGGAGGUGAUUUACGAUGACGACUCUCCUCGCGUGGAGCUGGGAGCGUCCCAGGAGCCCAAAGACAGCGGCGUCUACACCAUGUACCACGGGACCAGCGUCGCCACGGCGAGGCUCAUCAUCGCCCACGGCUUCCAGCAGUCAUCGGCUGGCAUGCUGGGACGAGGGGUUUAUGUCAGUCGGGAUAAGAAGAAAGCCGAACGUUAUCCGUUGCAAAGUAACCCCUCGGACCGCGUGGUCCUCGAGUUGCGCGUGCGUGUUGGCCGUGUCAAGCGCAUCGACAGGGACAACCAUCCCAUGCAGUACACCUGGAGCGCGCAGGGCUACGACACCGCUUGGGUGCCCCCCAACUGCGGCAUGGCGGCCGUGCCCAGUGGCCUAGAGGAGGAUUGUGUGUUUGACCCCAAAAGAGUGAUGGUGGUGGGCAUUGCAAAGGCAGAAAUCACCGUACUGACCGGGCUUCAGCAGCUUGUGGCUGAUAGUCUGAGAAAUACCAGCAGAGGAGAUGGUGGUGCAACAUCCCUUCUGGGCGGUGCUGUUGAUGUGUGUUCACUGUGUCAGAGGAAGACAAAGCAGGGUUCUCCACACAUUAAGCAACCGUGUUGGGGCUGCGGGCAAAACAUCUGUAGUCUCAUGACCAAGCAUGUCUGCCAGGCUAGCACCUGAGAUGGAAUUAAGGCCUGAAAACGGUGCCGAUAAAAACAGGUGGAACAAGGAUCGACACACGUACGGCCUUCUAAAGGGGUGGAGGAGGAAUGAGUAAAAUUUCACAGCUCAGGGUGUAAUUCUACUUUAGAAUUUAUUUUAAACAUACUUGAACGUCCGUUACUUUCUUUUCCUUUUCACAAAUGAACUAUCAAUGAGCCGUAAUUGGUGAUGUACGUUAAAAUACUGCUGCGCACAUCCCCGUACUUUUCGUAAUACAAUGAUCUACUUUAUAUUCCAGUCAUGUUUUACUGACAUACUAAUAUGCGUUAGAAUGCAAUCAAAAUGAAACAAUAUGUCUGUAUUAUUAAAGAUGUUGUAGGAGCCAGUUCUAGUGUCAAUGUGUGGAAGCUACCACAUUGGGCCAGUAGGUGUCCUCAUGGUGUUGGGUGUACAUUUCUGUAUAGGUGGGAACUUUCUGACAUGUGGGAGGUGGUGUUUGACGGAGGAGCACUCAGUGUUUUGACCGCUCCGGGCUCCGUCACGUUUGCCUUGUUGUAUGUGACACAGCUGAAUGGACUUUAUAUGGACAGGCAAUGGAUGCUUGCAGGAUAUUGAAUAUCCUUGAAAUGGUGAGAAAUAAAAUACGCAUCAAAUCAAGCAAAGCCGGAAGCUGUUUGUUCACUAGACACAAGUUAUAGUCGUGCAGUAGCCAGCGCGUCAACUACUUUUAGCCUGUCUAUGCAGCCCCCCAGUGGCUUUAAGUUAGGUUUAGCCGGUACAGAUGUAUUUAUUUCACCCAGGA